UACAUACGCACACGUCUCGUCAUGUGAGAGAGGGGAGAGAGAAUUUACCCCCGCGCCGAUCAGCAAGCCACGUCCUGGGCGUGUAGAAGCAGGAGCGUUUUAAGAGCCGUCCAUGACAAAGAAGGUGUUCGGUAGAUAAUGAGAGUGACAUGUGGCACGGACGACAUUGGAGACCAUUGAAUGCGAAGGAAGAAUGUGUGUGGAGAAUCAUGUGACUUCGAGAUACUUAUUUUUUUAUUGUGUGGUUCGGUAUGAGUAAUACGCUCUUGUGCUGUUUCAUCACUCGUCGUCCUCUGUAGGGAGGGACAUUACAUCAGAAGGAAAAUAGGAUUGUACGAUUACUGUGUGAAGUAAAAGAACAAAGAUGAAAAAGAAGUGGGUAGUGUAAAAAAAAUAUAUAAUUGCGAAGUAGGAUUGAGAAAAGCGGAUGAAUUCUUUCUAAAACAACAGUUGCAAGACGUAAGGGAGAAAAAACAUCGUAAUCGAAGAAAACAGAAGAAGAUAGUGUUAAAGAGACAGAUUGAACAGGGAAAGCGGAAAUCUAUUAAGCCUUCCCAGUUGCGCAUCCCGCUCGUCACUUGCUUCCGUGACGUCAUCGCUGGUGUCAUGGCGAGUCUUGUUUUGUUUUGGUGCUGCGACAGCUGAUCCCGGAGGAGAGAAAGCCCCUGCUUAUGAUGAUUUAGAGUGCUUCUUCUAACCCCCUCAACCCUCUGCGAAGGGCUGACGAGAGAGAGAAAGGAAGAACUAAGAGGAGUGAGAGAAAGAGGGGCGAGAGAAGGCAAAAGAGCGUCCAUGAAGUCGGACGCAGAGCAGAGCCUGGCCGGACCUCCAGCUCGACCUCCUCCCUCGCCGCCUCCAGCCGCCGCCCCCGCCCCCGCCACGACCUCACUCGCGGCCUCGGCGGUGGAAGAGAGGGUCCGGUCCUUCUCCACGGCCUCGGAGGCCUCGGAGGACUCCACCUCAGCGCUUCUCCCCGACGUGGCCUUCGGGCCCGCCUCGUCGUCCUCUGCCGCCGCCAGCCACACGGGCAUGGGUUCCCCGAGGAGCAACAGGGAGAGCCAGCCGCUCCUCGGCGCCAGGCACGACGUCGACGAGUUCAACCACUGGCCAGAUGACCCACACUUUACAGACUUAGUAAGACAAGCAGAAACAGCCAUUGAAAGUGGGAUUUAUCCAGAGAGGAUAUACCAGGGCUCCAGUGGGAGCUACUUCGUCAAAAACAGCAAUGGGAAAGUCAUUGCUGUGUACAAGCCGAAGGACGAGGAGCCAUAUGGUCGCCUUAAUCCCAAGUGGACCAAGUGGUUGCAUAAGGUGUGCUGCCCAUGCUGUUUUGGGCGGUCUUGCCUUGUGCCCAACCAGGGCUACUUAUCCGAGGCGGGAGCAUCCCUUGUUGACCAGAAGUUGCAGCUGAACGUUGUUCCUAAAACUAGGGUAGUCAAAUUAGCUAGUGAAACCUUUAAUUACACAAGGAUAGACAGAGAAAAGUCGAGAGCCAAGAAAUUGGUGUCUGAGAGAUUUCCAAAAGUAGGGAGACACUUCCACAGGAUCGGUCUUCCUCCCAAAGUCGGCUCCUUCCAGCUGUUUGUUGAGGGUUUCAAAGAUGCAGACUACUGGCUGCGGAGGUUUGAAGCAGAGCCCUUAGGAGAAACUACCAGCCGGCAGUUCCAGCUCCAGUUUGAGCGUUUGGUCAUCCUCGAUUACAUCAUCCGAAACACGGACCGUGGCAACGACAAUUGGCUCAUUAAGUAUGACAAGCCAGAAUUGGAUGACCAGGGAGAUGGAGAGGACUGGUCUCUCGUGAAACCCCCAGAAGUGAAAGUAGCAGCUAUUGACAAUGGUCUGGCAUUCCCCUUCAAGCACCCAGACUCUUGGCGGGCGUAUCCCUACCAUUGGGCAUGGCUUCCUUGGGCCAAGGUCUCCUUUAGCCAGGAGACACGCGACCUGGUGCUCCCCCUCCUCUCAGACAUGAACUUUGUGCAGGAGCUCUGUGAUGACAUGUAUAAUCUUUUCCAGACUGACAAAGGCUUUGAUCGACACAUAUUUGAGCGCCAGAUGUCUGUAAUGCGAGGACAGAUACUGAACCUGACACAGGCCCUUAGAGAUGGCAAGAGUCCUGUGCAACUGGUCCAGAUGCCAGCUGUCAUAGUGGAGAGGUCGAAAGGAAGAGUGGGAACAACCGCCCGUUUCCGCUCCUUCAGUGACACCUUCACGCAGUCAUUCCAGGAAAAGAGUCCAUUCUUCUCGUGGUGUUGAGAGGCGCCAGGAAUAGACAACUAGGCAUAUGGAUUGAGGGGGAACAAGAGGGACUGUUUGUAACACAUUAAUCAUUUAAGUGAUAUGGAAAAUGAUUGUAUAAUUUUUUUCAUAGCAUUUGUUGAAUAUCAGAUUUUCUCUUUUUUUUUUUUUUUUUUUUUUUUUUUUUUUUUAUCUUUUAUCAUAUUAUGAAUGUAUGUAUACUAAUUAUGAUGCACUUGUGUGUUGUUUAUUCGGAGAGAGAGAGAGAGAAAGAGAAAGAAAGACAUACACAUGCAAACUUGAACAUAAAACAAAGAGUGCUAUUGGUGUGGUAAUAUUUUUGAGAAUGACAUGAGGCAGGUAGUCAGUUCCAGAACCUGCAUUAGGGAAAUGGUGGUUGACAUUACACAAUGCAUCCCAAAUCUGAGGGCCAUGAAUAUGAAACAUUUUAAGAAAAACAGUGCAUACCCCUCAUAUCUGUGCACCCCCACUGAAGCAGUCAGCCUGUGGCCUAUACUGCUGAAGCCCAAGGCAGUGGUAAGCAGCGGAAUGUAGUCACUGGUUUCGCUUUAAGAACUUAAGAGGACGCAGUGAAUACCAGUGAUUUUGAGGAUUCAUGUGAUGAGGAUGGUGAUGGAAAUGGAAUGGAGACGGCAGAUCAUUUAAAAUUCAGAUUUCAUAACAGUAUAUUUAACAAAAAUUAACCUACAGUGUAUGAAUGUCCAAUCAGGAAGUAGCCAGUCCUAAUGAGUUGAUGUUUAAAGAAUUGAAUCAGUGAGUGAAGCACAAAUGAUAUAAAAAAAACAUAUAGAAAAAUGUAAUAGAAAGAUGUACAGUCUCAGUGAUCCCCCUUUUUUCAUAUAAUUACUUUAUUAUAAAAUUAGUUUAAUUUCUAUGUGUAAACAAGAAUAAAAAUGACUAGAGCUUAUGAUUUCCAAUCAGAAAUAUCUCUGUCUACUUUGGGGGUUUGUUGGUUAUUUAAUUCCACCAAGGUUAGGAAGUCCUUAUUGUUGUAUUGAAUAUUGAUGCAUUGUUGAUAAGGAAGCAGUUGGAAGUCCAGCUCAUAUCUCAAUUGCUCUGUCAUGGCAUUAAGAGAGGAUGGUGUGUGUGUUGUGUGUGAGUGAAUGAGACGAGGUGAGUGCAUGUGUAGAUGCUCGUAGCAUUUGUUUCUUCCUGUUUUCCUUUUCUUUUCUUGUGUAAUGGUUUCUUCCCUUUCCUGUCUGUCUUGCAUUUGCCUGUGUGUUUUUCAUUAUUAUUAUUUUUUUUUUUUUUUUUUUUUUCAAUGUGUGUAUGACUUUUCUUUUGACAACUUUCCAAACCUAGAGCAGAAAGAUAAUUAGGAUUAAUUAUGUAAAGGAAAUAUAUUUAUAUAGAAUAACCAGUCACAACAGCAUCUGACAUUGUCAUCUCAGUGAUUUUACUCAUAUUGAGUAGGGAUUUUAAUUUCUUCCCCAUAUCAUUUUUUUCUUUCUUUCAUGUAAAAGAUAGUCUGGAUAAGGGAAAAUGCUAUCAAAAAAUUUUAAGACCUAAGGAUAAUAAUACUAUACCUACCAGGAAGAAGUUGUUGAGAAUAGUUAAUUGAUUUUUUGCCUCUACUUGUGUACAGCAUUGAUGGAAACUUUUGCAGGGAUAUGUAGUGUCUAUGAUGUCAGUUUAAAGUCUUGUUACAUACUUUUUUUUUUUCCUUCUCCUUUGUUUGCACUUUCAAUAUUACUAUUUUGAUUAUUAUAUUUCUACUUCAUUCGUAUAUGUUUUAAAUAUAACUAUCAUUGUUAUUUUCAUUUUGCUUCCACCCUGAAUGUGGAAAAGACCUUUUGGUAGACUCAUCACACUCAGACACCUUGACCCCUUAAGAAAGCUCUGUGAUAGUAAAUUACUUUACAGAAGAAUGGCUGUACACUGCAGUUACUGAGACUGAGAAAUUUGACACUAAGGGAGCUCAUUGGAUGUUAUUGGAGCUGGGGCAUUGUAAGGUGUGGCGUAUGUGGUUUCAAUGACUUUCUUGUUAAAGAAAAGAAAAGAAGUGAAAGUGGUGUGAGUGAAUUGAUAAGUCCUUUUUCUUUAAGGACUUGUUUUUCAUAGUUCAUAGUAUGACCAAAGUUGGAAUUAAUAAUAGUAAUGAUAGCAAAGAUAAUAUUAAUGUGUAUAGUCAAUAUAUUUUUCAAGUUAUGAUCAUAAAAAUCUUUGGAUUUGAUUUAGUGUUGACAGGUGGAUGGUUUCUGGGUGCCAGUUAUGCAGCAUUUGUCCAGAUUUUACAGGAAUUUGGCUUUCACUAUGUAUGUGAUAAUAACCUUAUGAUUGAUUUAUUAUUUCCAUAGCAUUAUCGUGGGCCUAUUUUGGAAUUUUUUCCUUACUUUUCUAUUUCCUUGGCACUCAGUCCAAUUAGCAGUGGAGAUGCCAAGGAAAGCAGUCCAAAAGAAUAUUACUGGCUAGUUUGCAGUUGGUCUUAAAACUGAAAGAAAAGUAAUAAAACAAAAAACAUGAGGCAUUGUGUGUAAGAGGAGGAAGCUACACUUUGUUUUCACAGUAAAAGAAGAAUGAUGGGAAUAUAAAAAAUGAGCACUCACUAAUUUUUGAACUGGUGCCUGAAGUGUAUGCAGUUCCAGACCAUUUUUUUUUCUCUCAGUUCACCAAAAGUUACCAGAUAGUUGGCCUUUAAGCUUUGCUUUUAUUCUUAGUAUUGUUGUUAGCAUUCUUAACAUUGCUGUUGUUAUUACUAUUAUCGUUAUUUUUUUUUUAUUAUUAUUAUUAUUAUUAUAAUACUAUAAAUAAUAAUCAUUAAUAUGGUUAAGUAUUAUAUGAAGUUUUAUUAAUUAAUUUUCAUGUUAUUUUGGUAUUUUUAGAAAGUAUUAAGAGACUAGGAAACACUUAUUCUGCUUCCUUGCAAGUUAAAUUGUUUUAUGUAUCAGAAAAAUCAGUGCUGCAUUUAUCAAGAAUAUAGGCCUGUACAUGAGAAAGUUUUCUAAAAUGUCAUGUCAUCAGUUGCAAGUUAUCCUGUGUGCAGCUGGAGAAGAUGCUUUCACGAGAUGUUGAAAGGGUGUAUAUGCUCAUCACUAGGGAUUGUUUUGGUGUACAUACUUUUUUUAAAUACACACAAAGUAGCAUCUAUAUUGAGUUGAUAUUAUUAUUAUUAUUAAAUUCUACAGUAUUUAAAGCACAGGAUCUCCUGACUUUAGAUUUUAGAAUUCAGUAAAAAGCUUGAGGGAAUAUGGUGGUCUCUUAUAUUUGAUAAUGUGAAGUUUGUAGAAUUUUCUUUCUAAAUUUCCCCAUGCUGUAGCAUUUUGUAGCCAGAAUUCUUCAGGUUUGUAUGUUAAAUCACCCUACUUCUGCACCACAGGAUGCAUGUUCUUCAUAAUGGUUUGAUCCAUGCAAGCAUUUUUCCAUCAUAUGCCCUUGUAUCUUAUUUGAGACAGCCUUUGUUAAUUGAAUGUAACGGUUUUGAUUUAUUAUUAUACAUUGUUUUCUCCUGUGGCUUUUAUUUCUAAAGAGUGCCUCCUCUGCUGUCAACAAUCUUCCCUUUUUUCAUCCCUUCCCUUGUGCAUAAAUAGAAAAUAUUGCAAGAAAAAGAUGUAUGUUCAGGAUGGUGCCUUCAUAUUGUAUAUUGUUCUGUCUACAUAUUGUAUAUGCUUAGUAUGAUGAUAAGGAACUGUCUUACAGAAGAAAAAAGGAAAAAAAAGCUGCCAGAGCUUUGCCACAUUGUAAUUGUAUUUUGAACUUGAAUAGUAUUUUUUAAGGAAGAGUAUGUAGAAACUUCAUAAAUAUGGUUUUCAGAUUAUUUUCAGGGGGGUUUGUAUUUUGUGCAAGGCACUGUAAUUGCCUUUGUAAAUGUCACCAUAUUUCUAUUUAAUGACAUAUAGGGUGUAAACAAAAGAUUUUUUUAAAAAGUACAGGAAAAAAUUCUUCAACAGAUGUUAACUUAAAAAUUUCCAGAAAGCUGGUACUGUUAGCGGCACUUUUUAACACGCCAAAUUUGAAACCCAGCUGUAUGACCAGUAAGUUGUAAAGCAAAGUCAAUGCAAAAUAAUAAGCUUAUACCUAUUUAUCUCUUAUUAUUGUAUGUCAAAGCUUCCUUAUAAAUAUACCUAGUCUUAACAUUUGUU